UGUACGUACACUCUCUCUCUAUCUCUCUCUCAAGAAUCUAUCGUAUUUCACUGUUUCUCUAGAUUUUUUCGCUUCCUGUUCCUGAACUCUAAAAACUCUCUAUUUUCUCUCUCUAAAAUGGCUAGAAUGGCUCCGACUCUCGCUCAACUUUUCGCUCUUUUGAAAAACGAUGAGCCAAGCGAUGACUCCGAAAUCGGAAUUCUCUUUGGAACCUCGUCGGAAAUUUUGCAAGCAGAGUCACCGGCCGGAGCGAACGAGCUCUCGGUCCGAGAAGCUGAGGUCGCGGAAUGGUUGCUUGAUCUUCAAUACAAGGACAGUUCGGUUUCGGCAACUGAAAAUGAGUCAAGCUCGCCUGAGAAAGAUUCAGAUCCUCUGAAUAAGGAAGGUUCAAAAGCGAUCGAGAAAUCGCCAGAUUAUAUAGAGAUUUAUCUAUAUUUGGACAAACCUUCUGGCUCAUCAAAAAAUGCAAGUCCAAAAUCUGAAGAGACAUCUCUAAUUUCAGAGAAAGGAAGCUUGGAAUCAAAAGAGAAACAGAAAGAAUCCGAAGAGAAAUCUCUAAUUUCAAUUUCCGAAGGAAGCUUGGAGUCAAAAGAAGAAGAGGAGUCUCUGGAAAAACCGUCGGAUUCUUCGGAGAAAGGAGAGGCUCUGACACCGAAGCCAAAGAAGAGUGUGAGGAUGAAGUGCAAUGAGAACGUGUCUGUGUCAGUGUCAGAGAUUCCAAGCAUGCCGAAGCUCAUGACGCUGAAGUCGUGUCCGAGUGUUGGCAUGAGCCUUGAGAGCUUUGAUCAGAUAGACAAUUCACCGAUGUUCAGAUCCAACGGUGCUGGUGGUAAUGGAGAGAGCAAUGCCAUGGUGGAAGAGGCUUGGGAGCUGCUCAAAAAGUCUUACGUCUACUAUAAAGGAAAGGAGGUCGGAACACUCGCAGCUAUGGAUCCAAGCGCUGAGACUUUGAACUACAAUCAGGUUUUCGUGAGAGAUUUUUUUCCUAGUGGCUUGGCCUGCCUGAUGAAAGACCCCCCAGAACCUGAAAUUGUAAAAAAUUUCCUUUUAAAGACCCUCCACCUCCAAGGUUGGGAGAAGAGGAUUGACAACUUUACUCUUGGAGAAGGUGUCAUGCCUGCAAGUUUUAAAGUUCUCUUUGACUCACACCGUCUGAAGGAAACUUUGAUUGCGGAUUUUGGUGGGAGUGCAAUUGGAAGAGUUGCACCACUUGAUUCUGGGUUCUGGUGGAUUAUACUUUUAAGAUCAUAUACCAAGUGUACACGUGAUUACGCACUGGCGGAGCUUCCUGAGGUACAGAGGGGAAUGAAAUUAAUACUCAAUCUUUGCCUCUCGGACGGCUUUGACACUUUCCCAACACUUCUAUGUGCAGAUGGGUGUAGCAUGAUUGACAGGAGGAUGGGAAUAUAUGGAUAUCCAAUUGAGAUCCAAGCCCUCUUUUAUUUUGCACUAAGAUGUGCAAGGCAGAUGCUGAAACCAGAGCGUGGUGGUAAGGAAUUGAUUGAGCGAAUUGAUAAGCGGAUCACAGCUCUCAGCUUUCACAUACAGCAGUACUACUGGCUCGACUUUACACAGUUAAAUAAAAUAUACCGGUACAAAACUGAGGAGUACUCCCACACUGCUGUCAAUAAAUUUAAUGUCAUCCCAGAGUCUAUCCCUGAUUGGGUGUUUGAUUUCAUGCCCUUGAGAGGAGGGUAUUUGAUUGGCAAUGUCAGCCCAGCUCGAAUGGACUUCCGAUGGUUCUUACUCGGGAAUUGCAUCGCCAUUUUGAGCUGUCUAGCCACAGGUGCACAGGCUACAGCGAUAAUGGAUCUUGUUGAGGAGCGCUGGGAGGACUUGGUUGGGGAGAUGCCUUUGAAGAUUGUUUACCCAGCACUGGAGGGACAUGACUGGAGGACUGUGACUGGUUUUGAUCCAAAGAAUACACGGUGGAGUUACCAUAAUGGUGGCUCUUGGCCAGUUCUGCUGUGGCUACUUACAGCAGCAUGCAUCAAGACUGGAAGGCCUCAAAUCGCAAAGCGGGCAAUUGAUCUGGUAGAGCAACGGCUUUCCAAGGAUGGCUGGCCAGAGUAUUAUGAUGGUAAGACUGGGCGUUACAUUGGAAAGCAAGCCAGGAAGUACCAGACAUGGAGCAUUUCUGGCUACCUGAUUGCUAAAAUGAUGAUUGAGAACCCUUCCAAUCUCGUUAUGAUAUCUCUUGAAGAGGAUAAGAGGAUAGCCAAUCCAAGGCUUACGCGCUCUGCUUCAUUUCCACCAUAGAGAUGAGAUUAAGGUUGAAUUGCAAUAACAGGUAUACGGUUAUCACAAAUGUAUAACUUUAGUUAUGGGUGGAUAGUAUCUCAGAAUCCCCAUUAUCUUCUAUUUUUUGUGAA